UCGUCUUCUUCGUGUGUCCACAGUUUAGUCCCUAGACUAGGAGACCUUCGAGCAGUACAGCACCUGGCAGCUGUUCCUGGCUCACAGCAUCCCCCUGGAGACCAUCAUCCCCAUCCUGCAGCACCUUAAAUAUAAAGAGACACAGUCGUUCAGAAAUGAAUGCUGAUGGCAGCAAACAGCGUUAUGUGUCAACCUUCAGGCUGCACAUCAAGCCACCCUGUGUAUCGUCUUCACCAGGGAUCAAGCUGGGAACUAGUGACACCCGUACUUCAGACAGAUGUACUGACACAGGGUCUCUUAACCGCUCCUCUCUUAAACUUUUGGAUCCACCCGUCUUCGUAGAGCCCCUGGAGGACUGCUGUGUGGACGAAGGAUGUGGCAUCACACUGCGUGGAUUGUCACCGGAACUCAGCCAAUCAAAGUGUCAUGGUUGCACAAUGGUGAAGUGGCCCGUUUUGGGACUCCUUCCUUCAAUGGCAGGGAGGUUAGUUUUGUGGUGAGGGAGUGCUUGCCGGAAGAUGCUGGCGCCUACACCUGCUUGGCAGAAAACAGUGCGGGGAAGACAUCCUGCUGUGCUGCUGUGUUUGUCAGAGACUUUGAAACUAUCUGUGGUGUGCACAAUCGUGUCUCAAAUAUCCCCACUUCUGCAUCCAAGAGCAUUACAGAGAAUGGAAGGUUACCACAGUCUCCCAAAGAAGAGCUACAAGAGUUCAGAGGACCUGUUUGUAUCUCCCCUACAGGCUCUGAUAGUCUUAGCCCAGUCUCAACUCCAAGAGAAGUCAUUCCAAAGAAGAGAUCCAACUCAGGGACAGGUCCAAUAUUACAUUUUGAAAAACCCCCACAACAUGUCAAGGUGAAGGUGGGACAAACUGCCAGAGUGAAGUGUUUUUUCACUGGCAGUCCUCCUGUAGUGUCGUGUUGGAUCAGAAACAAAGGACAGAUAGUGGAUGGUCCAGAGCUGUGGGUAGAAAAUACUGAUCUGAGCAGUACACUGGUUAUAGCAGAGGCUAAACCACAGCACACAGGUCGCUACACUGUUGUAGUGAAGGACCGCAGGAGCUCAGCACAUCACACGGUCACCCUUUCUGUCAUAGAGAGGCCACAGCCUCCUGCCUCUUGUCCUGUGAUCUCUCGCGUCUCUGCCACAAGCCUUGUACUGUCCUGGUCUGGUCCCUGCUACGAUGGUGGCAGUGCAGUCCUGGGUUAUGUGGUCGAGGUAAAGAACCAAGGACGUGCUGAGUCUGGGGACUGGAGCGAGCUCACUGCCCAGUGUAAGAGUACUUCAUACAGAGUGCGCUCUGGGCUGCAGCCUCAACAGAAAUACUGUUUCAGAGUGAGGGCCUACAACACAGUGGGAGUAAGUGAGCCAGGACCAGUGUCACCAGUGGUUAGGAUGGAGCAGAAAGAUUUAGACAAACCACAAGAAGAGGAGGCCCCUCAAGCAUAUAUCUGUGUCACUAUUGACUCUUCUCACAAAGUCACAGAUCACUACAACUUGCAGGAGAAACUGGGAAUGGGAAAGUUCGGGCUGGUGUUCAAGCUAACCCACAAAGAGACAGGACGUGUUUGUGCUGGGAAGUUCUACAAAGGCCGACGUGCCAAAGAGAGGGAGGCUGCCCGUAAAGAGAUAGAGUUGAUGAACUACCUCCACCACCCCAAACUGGUUCAGUGCCUUGCAGCGUACGAUCACAAGCCUGAGAUGGUCAUGGUCAUGGAGUUUAUCGCAGGCGGGGAACUGUUUGAACGUAUUGUGGAUGACAGCUUUCAGCACACAGAGCCUGCCAGUGUGCGCUACAUGCAGCAGAUCCUGGAGGGGAUUGCCUACAUGCAUCAGCAGAACAUUGUCCAUCUGGACCUCAAACCUGAAAAUAUUGUGUGUGUUGACACCACUGGCACCUCCAUAAAGAUCAUUGACUUCGGAUUAGCCAGCAAGCUUGAUGGCGACACACCUCUGAAGGUGAUGCAUGGAACUCCAGAGUUUGUGGCACCUGAAGUGAUCAACUAUGAACCUGUGUAUUUGGCCACUGACAUGUGGAGCAUUGGGGUCAUCUGCUACAUAUUACUGAGUGGUGAGUCUCCAUUCCAGGGUAACAGUGAUGCAGAGACCCUGGCCUUGGUUACAGCUGCCCAAUGGGAAUUUGAUGAGAGCUUUGAUGAGAUUACAGACGAGGCCAAAAAUUUCAUCAGCUCUUUGCUCAACAAGGACACUAGGCGGAGGAUGUCCUGUGUGGAGGCACUAGCCCACCCUUGGAUGGCAGCAUUUGACUCUGGAGAUCUCAUCACCACCAAGAAUCUGUCCAAGGAUAAGAUGAAGAGGUUUCUAGCCAGGCAGAAGUGGAAGAAAGCAGGCAAGGCCAUGUUAGCCCUGAAAAGAAUGGCUCUGCUGUCUAAAGGUGACAGCCCUGGAUCCCCCACCAGUCCUGGAGAAGACUCACCCCUGAGCCAGGAGGCAGAGCAUGCCUUGCAGUCACUGGAGCUAAAGAUGCAGGGGCCACCCCAGUUCACCCAGAGCCUGGAGGACCAGACAGUAGCUCAGGGAUCCACUGCUCGUCUCUCAUGUCACCUCACAGGAUACCCUGACCCAGAGGUGGUGUGGCUGUGUGGUAAAGAGCCUGUGAUAGAGUCAACCACAGUGCAGAUCGAGUAUGAAGAAGACGGCUGCUGUACCCUGGUCUUAGCCAAGGUUGGCCCAAAGGACACCAACGUUUACACCUGUAGAGCCACCAAUGACCACGGGGAGACAUUCUGCUCAGCCAAACUCAUUGUUCAAGAGUAGAUUCAUUAAAUCUAGAGAGAUAAAAUGUGUAAACAUAAUGUUCUUGAGUGCCUUGAACAGUUGUAUUGUACUUUCUUGUUUUAAUACAAAUCGGGACCAAACUGUACAUCCUGUACUGCUGGAAAUACAUAAUGCAUGUAUUAUUAUAUAAAAAUAUUUUAAAAAUGUAUGAACAGAAGAAUAUUGUUACAGAGCUAAGCAUAGAUAAAGGUUCAUAUUUGUUCAUGGGACUAAAAAUUGGUUAUUCACUGUCUUCAACCAUGAAUCUAUUUCUUUAUUUUGUCUUAUGAGUGAAUCAUUUAAAAAUUUCUUUCCAAACCCAUCAUCUGGCAAUAUGAAUAAAUAGAUAUCCCUUUAGAAAAACAUACAGGCUUGCAACCUGUUUGAAUGAAAAUAUCUGAAUCACAUAAUUUUUGACCAGGAAAAAGACUUAAGCAGAAGAUUUUUUUCAAAAACUACUUUUAAACAAUUACGCAAUGGAACAAUAUUUUUUUUUGUGUAACAGAUAAACACUGUAUAUCCAUUACAAUAUCCAAAAGACAUCUUUGUAAAACCAAAUGUGCAAAAAAUUAAGGGGUGUCAAAAUUUUAACACAGCACUGUAAGUAGUAACAGUUACCUUAGGAAUGUGUCUUUGAAUUGUAUUAAAAGAUAUACUCAAACCAU